CUGCAUGUUUGCUCCGGGUGACGUUUAAUAAACAGAACAUUUUGUACUUUGGAGAGAAAAAAAAAAAAGAGAUUGUUUGGGAUGACUUGCAACAUCCCUUCCCUGACACGAUGGGUGGAAGUGGUCAUGUCAUUGUCACUGAAUAUGAAAAAAAAGGAGGUGGGCAGAAAGAGCAUGACAAGGCUGACCAUACAAUGGGAAAGUCUCCAAGUGACAUCACUGCCGGUCUAGCACAUUCACUGUGCUGAUCUGGAAACUACGCUGAGAAGUACUUUACAAACACCAAGUGCUAGAUUCUCUUAUCAGAGACAGGAAUUUCUCUGGUAACUGGAAAGUGAUUUCUCUAUAGCCUAUAGAUGUCAAUGGGAAAACUGCUAUUCGGUACCUGGAGUUAAAUAUCUCUUGUAAUAGAAUCCAGCCCUAGAUCGGGUUAGGAAAGUAAGGCAAUGAUUAGAACUGCUGUACAAUUCUGUGUAAUACAAGCGGCAGCCAUUCAGUAGAACGUUCUGUCCGCAACGUUCUAUUCGGUACCAGAACGUUCUAUUCGCUGUCAGUGCAGUCUAUUAAAUCGCUGCGCCGCAUUUCAUUUCCUGCGGGCUUCCCUUUCUAUCCGGUUUGCUACGUAAGCAAUGACUUCAAUCGUGCGGGCGGGGCUGUGGCUAGUAGGAGGCGUUAUAAGGAAGGGAAAUUAGUCAAUGGCUGUAUCCAGAAUCGUACUAUAAUUAGAUCUAAACAAACAGGUAAAUGGGCAGAAAGAGUGAGGGCGAGCAGCUGGUGAAGGUUUCAUAGUCUGCAAAGGCACAGUGUAACUGAGAUCAGAGAGAGAGAGAAACGAAUCUUGUGAUCUUCUCAUUGACUGCACAGACACAGUGUAUCUGAUCAGAGAGAGCUCCUGGGAGAGACUGCCUGGACUCCGUAAUCUCAUUUUCUGUCUGCAAUCAGGAAGCAGAGCCUCCAGUGACCCUCUCCUGGCAGAGUGACAGCCUGAUAAGACCCUGCAUUGAUCCAAACGGAAAGAGAGAGAGACAGCCGUGAGUGGUUGGAGUGCAGGGGGCGGUGUCUGGCUCUGCCUCUGUAUAUGGAUUGUCCCAUUCACUCUUCUCAGCAGAUCAGCAUGUCUGUCCGUUUACGAGAGGAGACUUCUCAGAUCCUGGAGGACUUUCUCCAACAUCACCUAGAUGGAGGACACCAGCCUUCCCCCAGUCCUGCUGCCCAGACCCUGCGGAGGGUAGCCGGGGAGAUGCUGGACAAGAACCGCUCCUUUUUUGACUCCUGCAGCCAGAUCUCUGGCAAUCCUAAGGAUGUUUUACAGACUGUGGCCGCCACGCUCAUAGAGGAUGGGGGGCUGAACUGGGGGCGCAUUGUGUCUCUUAUCAUGUUUGCUGGAGUUUUGGUAAAAAGGUCAAAGGAUCAAAGAACUGCGACCCCAAAGGAACUAGCCGAGGUGCUGAGCCAAUUCCUGGCAGAGGAGCAAAGAGACUGGCUUCAGAGCAACGGGGGAUGGGUAAUUAUUGUCCUUUUGUUCAUAAUCUAUUUAUUAUUAAAUCCAUGAUGAGUUAGGUUACCAUCUGCUCAGAUUAUGAAUUGUGAAUUCUGGAAGCAAAACACAGACAGCAUCAAUCUGCAGUUUUGGCAAAUGACUGAGAAGAAAUGUAAAUACAUCCUCCAAAAUCCUUAACCACCUAUUUCAAGAACCAGCUUAGCUGGCAAUUAACAUCUGGUCCCCAUGAGUAAUCUUAUUCUUCAGUCUACUACUGUUGUUCAACAUUCCAUAUAGAUUAUUUUUCAUGUUUUUUUUUUUUUUUAUUUUUUUUUAAUUUUUUUAUUAUUAUUAUUAAUUUAGUUGGUGUAGACCUCUAUUGGUGCCCUGUGUUGCUGACCUCUUUAAUUCAGAGGGUUAAUACGAAGGAUUUAGUCAAUGAAUGAAUAUUUGAGUGUGGAGGAUUGUCAACCAAAUUGCAAAUUGUAGGCAGAAAUGUCAGAUUAGGGGGUUAAUCACUAAACUGAGAAUUGACACUCUAAAUGCAAAGUGUAGGUCAAAAUCUUCAUAUCUGAAUUAUUUUACAACUGAAGUUAGUACUUUUAAUUCACUACAGUUUGGUGAUUUGCCCUCUGCUAUGUUGGCUAAAUCCUAGCAAUAUUGCCACCAAACCCCAAUUCCCUCUCCAGCCAUAUCUAGUCGGGAGCUUGACCGGUCCAGCAGUCUCAGAUGCACAGUGGAACAUGUUCCAAUUUCAGUGGGCCUGUCAGUGUUUCCAGCUGUUUUGUAAGAAUUCUGAAAUCUGGUUUAAUGUGCAGUUUCUGCAGUGAUGUCUGAGUCACAUGCAAACUAUUGGGAAAUGACUCAUCUUAAGCCCAUGGUAACCAAUAAACCUAUAUUUGGUUAGGAAACCAAUCUUCUAAAAAAAAAAAAAAAUUAAAAAAAUUACAGCCACUUUAGACAUGCCAUUCCAAAUAAAUCCAUAAUCUGCUGUUCUCAGAGAGUCACUGAGUGAUCACUGGAUAAAUGGUCUGAAAGCUGACUAGCAAUUACUGGACAAAUCUUGAUUGAAACAGGACUGCUCUGGAGUUCCUUUAAACCUGUUUAAUUGAUCUCAGUUUGUCUAAAACCUUGGUGACCUUCCCCCUCCCCCACCAAACAUUGUCAGCCUUUUACAUGUUGUUACAGAGAUUGGAGUUGUUAUGUUUUUAUUUCAUUUUUUUUUUUUUAGCAUAUGUCAGCUAAGCAGUCCUGCUUUCAAUCUAUGGGUUCCAGAUUCAGCAUAUUUUCAUGGACCCCUACUGAAAAAUAGUGUCCCCUGGCAACAUGAGGGAAAUGGGUUACUUACAGGGCUAAUUACUAUUGUGUGAAUUCAAGGUGUAUUUAAUAGGUGAACUGGAAAAACUCUCUAAACUUUGCUUUCAGUUCGACUACUCUGGCCUGCAAUUUAUUGAAUAACUCUGUUAAAGUUAUCAUUUUGGUUUGCUGACCACCAGUAUGAAACCACCUACAGUCUGUCAUGUAAGGGUUAACCUGGAAUUGUAGAGAACUGACCCAGAGAUUGCAACGUUAAGGCCAAACUAACAGAGUUGGAAAAGUUAGCUUGAGAACUGUUUACAAUUUUAAGUUAUUCUGACCCCCUAACUCUAUCGGUUUCCUGGCCAAUUCUCCUCAAUUCUGAAUCUGCAACAUUUUCUCACUAGGACCUGCUGAGUGACAUCUGAGUAAGCAUUCUUUUUAUACAGACAGAUUGCUGACAGGGUAAUACUCACUAAGGUGUUACUGCUCGGAAAUCUAAAGUGAAUUUCACAGUUUAGGGCAAAUAGCCAAAUGGGAAACUUUGCUGCUUGGCUAUUUUGUCCUUUUUAAAUAUGAAAUGAUCUUAGAAUUCUCAGCCUUUCACACUCUUAAUAAAUAGCAUUGUGUGUUUUUGCUUGAUUCAGGUUUAAGCAGCCUGUAUUUGUCACACUACAGCGUUCACCCAUCUUAGGGUGCCUAUAGGAGUAACCCUAAUGGGUACACUUAAUCACCCAUUCUCAUUUACCAUAUGGCCUUUGGCAGUGGUGCCCAAUAGGUAGGUCCUCAGAUGUUGUUGUAAGACUUCAACUACCUUGAUGAUUUUGUAUUCCUUUUAGAAUCACAAAGCAUCAUGGAAGCUGUAGUUUUAAAACCUAUGGGAUCUACCUACUGGGUACCCAUUCCCUAUGGUUAUAAACUCCAUAGGACGUUUUUAUGUCUUGUUUUUGUUGUCCCCCUCCCUCUCCUGCUGUACUGUAAAAGGGCAUCAUGUCCUGCAAGUCAGUUAUCUAAAAAUAAAGCUUGUUUGGAAUCAAAACACUUCACUCUAUACUAGCUAUGUUUGUGGUAAGGCAUGCAGCAUUAUAUAAUGGUGAUCAUUCAUCAGUUUCCAGGCACAAAAUGUCUCUUGGUGAGAUGUUUGUUAGAAUGUGCUCAGUUAACUGGAUUAAACCCUUUUCAAUGGGACUGUGCUGAAUAGAAUGUUCUAGUAGUAUGUCAGCAUGGAAAUCUGCUCUUGGAUACCUUAACCCUUUAGGAUGUGAAUUUGUUUGGUGUAGAGCAGUGCUCACUUGUGGCACUUCUAAAAUAGUUGCACUUCUUUAAAUGUAUUAAGCUUUACUAAAUUAACUUUAAAGUGAAGUUGUGGUGCAAAUAUGGUCAUUACAUUAAUUAAACAGGGACAAACAAUAGUUUGCUGUCCGUUACAAAGUAACUAUUUGGCAGUUGUAGCAAAUGCAUUGUGCUCUCCCACAAUGCCUUGCAACAAACCGUGCAGUAGGUAAUGUUAUGCUGCACUCACCAUUGUGGGAGCACACAGAUGAGUGUAUUACCCACAGUAGACACAAGACCAGCAGCUGGGUUAAUUAAAUUUUAAUCUAUACAUCCUGCUAGGAAGUUUGCUAGCACUCAUUCUAGGUAUAUUCUAUAACCUUAACCACUGUGUACCUUGUCAUUUGUAUAUCUGUCGAAGAGCAGUCCACUAUAAAAUUCCCCAUUGUAAACAUUGGAAUAAUAAUGUGUUUGGAAAAAGAUUGAAAUCCUGGGGGAAAAUCACUGCAUCCACAUUCACUUCAGUCUGUGGGGAAACUGCCCCUGCAGCCAUUACUACCAUCACCACACCUGAGCUACAUAUUGGACCUGUCACUGAGCUUUUAUUAGUAUCCUUGAAUUUCCAAUCUUGCUUCAAACCUAGCUCCGACAUUUCAUUUUCAUGAGGGAAGAAGUAAUGUUUACUGAACAGAGCUUAGAUCUAGUAAGCUGGUUACCAGAACCUUGGUAGAACGAUAAAACGCGAUUCAUUCUUUUGCUGUGUGACUCGCACUGUUUUCCAGUGGGUUAGAUCAACUGACCCAAUGUUGUUUUUUUUUGUUUUGUUUUUUGUGGAUUUAAUUCCAAGCUAAAAAUUUCACAUUUAUAAUGGUGCUAAAGCCAUUUAUGUUGGUAGAUGUUUGUCACUCGGCUGCGUGGCGUUGAGUCCUUGAAUGGCUGCUGACCAGUAACUUUCCACCAUAAAUGUAACCUUCAGUCUAUGUCACACAUGUCAUUUGACUGUCCUUGUCUCAACCUGAGAACAUUCUGGGUCAGCUAGAGGGCAAGUGGUAGCCCUUACAGUCCCUUUUAAUUAAUGCAUCUUCAAAAAUUCAUAGUGAUACUUUGUCUUGGAACACUAUUGUAAAUCACAACUGGAGAGAUUACAGAACAUAACACCAGUCAAAUUUAUGGUCUCUGUUGUCAACUUAACAACCUGAAGAUGAAUUGUGCCCUGAAAUGGGGGAACAACUUCUGUAUAUCUUAUGUUCCUUUGUUAAAUCAACCAGCAACAGUUGCCUUGCAAUACAUGGAUUAUCAUUUGAGGGUGUUGUGGUCAAUAUGCUUUUAGACCAAGUUUAUAGAGGAAUGUUUUUAAACUGGUUAUUGUCCUGCCAAAGGCAAUCCACGUUAAUUACAUGGAGGUCCUUUUUUGAUUUCUGAAUUAGUUUGAACAAUGGGCAAUUGGUUUAUACAGCAGUAAAUCUUUUGUGUCCAUUUUCUGUUUGUGGUUGUAUUACAAGGCAUGUUCUAAUGACCCUUCUUUGUCUUAACAAGGUCCUUCCUUAUCACAAUUGUUUGAUAUGGCACAGGAAGUAUCUGUUCUAGAUUUUAUAGUUGGUCGGUAUUAAGCCCAUAUAUACCCACUGUAGGGGGGAGGAGAUUGAUCUAAUUUCAUAAUUGUAAAAAAUAACACAGAACGUCUGAUUUCCAUAUAUGGAAAUGCAUUGCAGGUUGUCUUUUCCCCAUUUGUAAAGGAACACUCUAAGCACCAUAACCACUACAGGACACUGUAUAGUCUGUAGUACACUGGCGCCCCACCUUCCAUUAAAAGUAGUAAAACUGUUUGACUUCUUACCUGGGACCAGCCUGACUCCACUCCUGGAAUCUAUUACAUCCAGCAGAAAGCCAGGAGCUCUUUCUUUGGAGCUUCAAUGAGCUCAUUGGCUGCGCGUUAAUUUGCUAAAAACAACCUUUUACUACCAGGCUUACAUCGGAGGACUUCUGGCUUUCUGACUGCUGGUGUUGUGGCAAAGAGUGGCGCCUGGUGGACAUUUUGGCUACUUAUGAUGUUUGGGUACCUUGACACCGUAACCACUACAGUGGAUAUUGGUUUCAACUGAAAUCUGAAUGAAAUACCCUAGAGGCAUUGUUUGGGCAAACCUGGAGGGAAUGUAUUAAGAUCAAAAUAUGAGCUAUUCUUGGGGGAAAUUUGCUACAUAAGGAGAAAUAGCCAGGGACUGUCUUGCAAUGUGUAAUACUUUGUCCCAGAAUAGCACGUGUUGCCAUUCUAAAUAUCUCCCUAUAUAUGAUAACAUAACCUAUGAAACGGGCGUAUACCUAAACUACACUUUAUUGAAUAACCUUGCUUAUGUGGGUUAAUUAAAGUUUUGGAAAUUCAGUUUCCAAUUUUAGGCCAUCAAUCUGUAAUAAACAGCUGAAUUGGAAUAAUUCUGCAGGUCAGUUGAGCUAUUACGCAUAAAAAUAAGAAAUUCACUUAGAAUUCCUGACCGUUCCCAUUUUAGUGAAUAACUGUGAAGAAGAGCUUACAGUCAAGAUGACCCGUAGUAUGACCGUAUUAGCUCCAACUCCCCUUUGCUGUUCAGUAAGAUUACUUUAUGAAGGCAAAAGACCUUUGUUUUUAAUUCACUGUCAUCAGUCUUAUUGUAGAAUAUUGGGAGCAUAGCCAAAAAAAACCAGUUUGUUUUGCUGAAAAUGCAUAUAAUAAACAUUAUAGAUUAGUCUCUAAAUUAAUGCGCAUAUUCCAAAUUCUGGUUUAAGGUCUUCACAAAAAACUGCAUGCUGGUAGAACAUCACUGGUGUGUUCUUUGGCGUGGGAAAGGUUAAAGUGAAUCACAAGGCAUAAACCUUGUGUUUGCACAAAUUAAUUUGUAAAGAGCAGAGUUCCGGAAGGUAUUGAGGGAAUAACUUAUUUACACAGUCAUCUGCCAAGCAGAGUUCAAAUAUCGCCAUCUGGAGACUAUUGCUCCCAUACUUUGAUAGUGCUGAAUAAGGAUCCGGUUGACCAGCUGCUUAUUUCUUUCACUCAUUGGACCAUAAAUGCUAUCUCUGUGGUACACUUUAUUAAGGGGAUAAGCAUGCUGUAGGAAGUACAUUUACAAAUCAAACAACUUCUAUUUCCACAAAUGGCUUUCUGUUCUUCAUGCAUACAAAAGCUGUUUUUGCUGAGGGAUUUUUUUGAAAAUUAAAAUUUUGUUUAAAGUUAGUAUUUGACCUGGGGCUUCAAUCAAUGGAUAGUGUAGCCAAGACAAUAGCCCAGUGACUACACAACUCCAAAUUAAGAUGUCCAUUUUGUUUAAAGCUGUACAAAGAUGAUCAACUUUAUCUGACCGACAAGAAAACAAACUAUGAAAUCACAUGUUGGCAAAACAUCCUGUAUAAAUGACAGAGGUGUGCGUUACAUUUUGGCAUUAAAGUCCUACUGUGAGGGGAAGGAGCGAAGCCUACUGGCGUCAGUUCUAGAGGAAAGGAGUUUAAUUUAGUGAUAAGACUUUCAGGAGUAUUGGCCAGUAUUUCUUGAUUUACUGGUCUCAACCUUGAAUUCUUUUGCUUCAGACCCAUAUGCCUUUGGAGGCUCCUGUGGUGUUCAAUUUGCAUUAUGACAUGUUCUCGUAUAGUUAUGGUGUUCUAAUUUUGUGCCCUCCAUCAUUCAUGUGUGCAGUGGGCUACAUCGGAUCUGCAAGAGAGGUGUAUGUUGUGAGACUACUUGAAUGUAUGCACUAAGAGGGUUAUUCACUAUAGUAAGGAUUCAUGGUGAAUUCAAAGCGAAGGCCAGUGUAGUCCAUAUAAAAGCAUAGCAGACUUACAGAAUGUUUACAUUUCAGCUAUAUUGACCUCAAAUAGGAAAUUCACCUUGAAUUCACUUGGAGUUAUCGCUUUAGGGAAUAACCCUUUGUGUUACAGUGCAACUUGGUAAAGAACCAGAAGGGGUCACUAGAAGUUGAACACGUGAUCACGUUAUGACUUUCUUAAUAAACUUGAUAAUUAGACUAGUGAAGUGUUUUUUUUUUUUUUGUUUUGUUUUUUUUUUUCGUAAAAUAUCUGGCAAAUGUAUGUUUACAAUUUUUGUAACAACGUAAAUGUACCUUUUUGUGGUUUUUGUUCAGUUUUUUAAAAUUUUUACUAAAGUUGAUUUUUAUGUCUUCUCUAGAAUGGGUUCCAUAAAUACUUCAGCAACAAAGGUACCCUGCCCGGCCAGGACAAUAAUGCCAUUUCUGGUGCCCUGGUAGCUGUAGCAGGGUUUGGACUUGCUGGUUUGGCGUUCCUUCUGGCUGUACGAUAAAUCUGGACAGUCUCAAAAGAUCAUCUGGAGAAUUCUGAUCCUCAUCCUGGGAAUCUUACACGUUAUACAAUGAAACCAACAUGAGCUGACCUAGACACUGUGUUUACAAAGCAAUGAUUUCCACUGCCAUUCUUGUUUAUUAUAGCUAGUAUUAUAUUUUUUUAUGGAAUGCAUUAUUUUAAUUUAACUUUUUUUUUCAAUGUGUAAACCUACAAAGAACGAUAUGAGCUGUACAUUGUAUAAACGUAACUGAUUGCGGUUUCCCCAUAGCAGGCCAGCAGUUAUCCCAUAUUUUAUUUGGUUUCUUAAUUAGAAGGGUAAAGUCAUACUGUACACAAGUUGACCAUACAAUUCAAAUUAAAUUCAAGAACAAAAAAAAUCAUAUGCAUAAGCAUUUUUUUUUUUUUUUUUUUGGUUACACAAUUUACAAAUGUUACUUUUUUAAAAAAUUUUUUUUUUUUUAUAAAGCACGUUAUACAGCGAGGUAAAAAUAUAUGAAGAGAAAAAAAAAAAUACCUCUCUGAUCAGAUCUGGAUUUAUCUUGUAAAAACUGGAAUUCUUUAAUAUGGAAGGCAGUCAUGCUUACUUUUCAAUGUCCUUUUAAAAGACCAUUAAGACUAAACCACAUUGUUUAACGGUCUAUCUCUUUUACAUUGUAUCAUGCUAUUACUAGACAAAGGACUACAGAGUAUAUUGUGAUACCUGAGCUCAAGAUUUCUUUCAUUCAGUAUUUGACUCUACAUAGAUCUUUCAUUCUACACCUUCUAGCUCAAGAUGCCCCAAUGAUCCACGAGCUCAAGAUGUCUCAAUGUUUGGCCUAUGAGCUACAAGCUCAAGACUCCCAUUAACUCAAUCCCAAAUGAGCCACAAGCUGCAGAUGUCAAAGUCUAGGCCUUGAGCAAUGCUCCCAUCUAAUACUACACCACGGCUAACUACAUUUUCUUGUAUAAACGAUUGAAGAGGCAUAAGGCUGUGUUGGUUCUCUUAGUGAUGCCAACUUUGUGUUUAUUAUUACCAUUAUUCAGGUAGACUUUUACAGCCAUGCUUUUCUUCUUUUGUAAACCUAUGUGGAAACCGUUCUAGAAUAAAAAAUUGUAAUUAAAUGUUUUUUGUUUUGUUUUUAAAUAGAAAGCUUGCUGACAAUGUUAGUUAAUUUUUGAAUUGCCAUCAAUCUGUAAUAAACGGUCAACUAGUGAGAUUAAGUUAACUUCAGUAGGUAAUUUUAAAUAUAAUCUAUAUUGAGUAUUUUAUUUAUAGUGAGAUACAUUCCAUUUUGGCAAUCCAUGGGAGUCUGGCAUUUCCAUGCAUAAGCACUUUGAAAUUCUAUAUUGGGCCAGAGACAUAUGUUCUAAUAUAUUUUCAGUUAUCUCUGCCUCAUAUCAAUUAUUUAACUAUUUUUGUGAGGGUUUCCUCCCCCUCCUCUCCUUACCUUCUUCUUCUCUUACCCCUGUGUCCUUAACUUAAAUAAAAUGCUUCUAGUUUUUAUGAAUAUUGCUUGGUGUGUAUGUAUAUUAUAUACGGCUUAUCAAAAAAAUGUAUUCUUACACUUUUUUUUUUUUUUAAUAUUCUAUAUGAAUCAACAAAGUAAGCCAAUCCCUUUUUACAUAAAACUAAACCUUGCAGUGUGUGCAACGGAAUUUUAGAAAGGGAUGUAAAUUGGUGAAGCCAAGAAAAACAAGGAUUUUUAUGUUUUUUUAGAUCGAUGCAUGUUUGCUUUAAACACCUUUUUUGAGCAACCAAAGAAACCGGUGUUGUACAGGGACACUGCAACCAACACAAGAUAUUAAGAAAAGUUUUUUGGAAAAAAAAUAACUAUUUUAUUUUAUUCCGCCCCCUCCCCCAGCUUGGCUUUGUACAAUCAUUCAUGAAAAGGUUCAGGCAGAGGGGGAGCUUAUUAUAGUUGCUCCAGAUCCUUAAAAUGUGCUGCAUAAAAGAGUGAAGUUUGCUCUUGGGUUAUAUAAAUAUAUAUAUUUUUCUUUUUUUAAUAUAUUCAUUAUGUACAAUGUUUAAAAAGGGGUCAAGCUCUUUAUCCCACUCCUAAAUCUAUUUCUUCUUCUCCCCUUUUGUGUCCAUCCCUUUUCGUACCGAUGGGAGAGAGUUCUGCAAUCCCUGGUGGCCUUGCAGAAGAGAACAGUGGGACCUGUACCAUACUAGGAGAUGUAUAAUAUGUGCAUGCAUUAAAUUGUAAAAAAGACCAGUUCUUUGGACUAUGGUUUACUUUUGCCUUUGUGCACAUACCACAACAACAAUAAAUAAACUUACAUCGAAAACAGCUG